AUGGCGGCAACAAGACGUUCAUGCAUGCGCCUCUCGGCACUGCUCCCUUCGUCAUCUAAUGCUCUUAUUCGCACACAGCUGCCGCGGGCGACAGCGCGAGUUGCUUUGAGCAAGAGAGCUGGCGUUGCUGCUACAGUGACAUUCUCUCGCGGCUUCAUCAACGAUGUCAAGGUUGGCGGAAGCGAUGUUGAAUCUAUUGAGAUGCACGAGAGUCUGGCGCCGACGAUUGACCGCUCGCGGUCAAAGGUGUACGCCAGUGCCGACGAGGCUGUUGCUGAUAUCAAGAGCGGGUCUACAAUCCUGAGUGCUGGAUUUGGCCUAUGUGGUACUGCUGGAAUUGAAGACUUGCACUCACUCAAGGCUGUUUCCAACAAUGCUGGUGCUGGUCCCUAUGGUCUUGCUGAAUUGGUGCAAUCUGGCCAACUCACUUCUGUUAUUUUGUCGUUCCUGGGCACCAACAAGGCUAUCGAGAAGAAGUACCUGACUGGCGAGCUGGACGUCGAACUGACACCUCAAGGCACCAUCGCUGAGCGCAUCAGAGCUGGAGGUGCCGGUAUCCCUGCCUUCUACACCCCCACUGGUGUCCACACCUGGAUCGAAACCGGAGAAAUUCCCAUCAGAAUGGGUCCUCCCAAGGAAGGUUCCAAAAUGCCCACAACCCUGCAAUCCGGCAACCGUCGCGAGACACGCGAGUUCAAGGGCAAGAAGUACAACUUGGAGCACGCUAUCCAAGGUGAUGUUGCCAUUCUUCGUGCCUAUAAGGUUGACGAGGCAGGUAACUGCGUCUUCCGCUACACGACUGGAAACUUUGGUCCCAUGAUGGCCAAGGCAGCCAAAUGCAGUAUCGUGGAAGCCGAACACAUUGUCCCCAUCGGCGAAAUUAAGCCUGACGAGGUAGAUCUGCCCGGCAUCUACAUUGACCGCAUCGUGCCCGCAACCGAGGAGAAGAAGCUCGAAGUCAAGAAGUUGAGAGAAGCGGAAGGAAGCGACCAGUCCAACAAGAGCGAAGGCGAGCAGCGCCGUGAGAGAAUCGCUCGUCGUGCUGCAAAGGAGUUGAAGCAAGGUUACUAUGUCAACUUGGGAGUCGGUAUGCCUACACUUGCACCUUCGUUCUUGGAUCCCGAGAUCAAGGUCUGGAUCCACUCGGAGAACGGAUUGAUGGGUAUGGGCCCUUACCCCACCGAAGAAGAAGUCGAUGUCGACAUCAUCAACGCCGGCAAGGAAACUGUCACUAUCGUCCCUGGAGGCUCUACCUUCGACAGCGCCGAGUCCUUUGCUAUGAUCAGAGGUGGCCACAUCGACGUGUCUAUGCUCGGUGCUCUGCAGGUCAGCGCAAACGGAGACUUGGCAAACUACAUGAUUCCCGGAAAGGUGCUCAAGGGUAUGGGUGGUGCCAUGGACUUGGUCUCCAACCCCGAUCAGACAAAGAUUGUCGUCCUUACCGACCAUGUCGACAAGAACGGUGUCAGCAAGAUUCAGCAAGAGUGCAGUUUGCCUUUGACCGGUGCUCGUGUCGUGUCGACCAUUAUUACCGAUUUGGUCGACCGUAAGAACGGAGGCCUCACUCUUACUGAAGUCGCUCCUGGCGUGACAGUCGAACAAGUGCAAGAAAAGACAGCUGCCAAGUUUAAGGUAGCUGACGAUCUCUCCGAGAUGGAGUAA